CUCUUCUUUUUCUUUAUAUUUGUAUUUUUAUUUCUUUGUAUUAUACGUGUAUUUUAAACUAAGAAUAAUGGAAAACGAACACGAAAUAAUAAAACGUUCUAUAUUUGAUAACCCAGUUGAUUUAUUCAAUUUCAAUCAAAUCAAACCAGCCGAGUCGCCUUCUCUUUCUUAUGCAAAAAUGAUGCAGGCUUCUUCACACUCUGUACCAGCUUCAAGGAGAAAUUCAAGUGAUGAUCAUGCCUUAGAUCUUUUACUGAAUGCUAAAUUAUCUUUAAAUGAUACUGAAUCAAGUAGGAAACUACCUUUUGCCAUGACAUCUCAAGAAACCUUUAGCACAUUUAGUGAACCAGAAAUCCCAUUAUUCAACCCACUUUUAUCGCAUUCAAAAGAAUCGCCUAUGCAUAGUUUUGCAUCGGUUGUUACUCCCAGAAAUUCCAAUGUAGUCAAUUCAGCAGCAUCGACUGUCAGUGAUGAUUACCCUGAACUAUUUACAAUGACUAAUUUGGACAACAAGCCCACCAUCAUCAGUAAAGAACCUUCUUUUCUUCAUGAUAACCAGACAACAACAACAACAACAUGGAUUUCUACUCAACCUUCGCCUCCUGUUAUGACCUCUUUACACCAAACAACAGAGUAUCCUGCCAUUGAAAAGUGCUUUCCUUAUUUAUGGCCUCCAAAUAACAGACCACAAUCUCGCUUUGAUCCUAUGAUAGAUCAGUCUGAAACCCCAUGCGCUCAAUUUCAACAAGUGGGUUUCUGUUCUAGGCUUGAUACAUGCCCAUUUAUUCAUUCGUAUCCUACCAUGCACUAUCCUCAACAGCCUUCUUUAUACCAACAGUACAUGUCAAAUCCCAUUUCUUCUCAGAUUCUACUUCCUCAAUCGAACAAGUCAUUGCAUCAUCAUCAUAAAAGACAACAUCAACCACAAGAUCACUUUUCAAAUGCAAACAUAGAUGAUUUUGUAGGCAAAUUAUACAAUUUAUGCAAAGACCAAAAUGGCUGCCGAUUUCUACAAAAGCAGAUUGAAGAUAAAGAACAGGGAGCCAAACAUCUGGACAUGAUCUUUAAAGAAAUUCAUCAUCAUCUCACAGAACUUAUGACAGACCCUUUUGGCAACUAUCUGUGUCAAAAAAUACUUGAAAGAUGCAGUCAUGAACAAAGAACAAUUAUUGUGGAAACAGUAGCACCUGAUCUGGUUAAAAUUGCACUCAACAUGCAUGGCACAAGAGCUGUUCAAAAGUUGAUUGAAUGUCUUUCUACAUCUAAGCAGAUCAAAGCAGUGACACGCGCUUUAGACUCAAAUGUAGUGACAUUGAUCAAGGACUUGAAUGGUAACCAUGUCAUUCAAAAGUGCCUUCAUCGCCUAUCUUCUGAAAAUAACCAGUUUAUUUAUGAUGCUGUCUGUCAAGAUUGUAUUGAAGUUGCCUCUCAUAAACAUGGUUGUUGUGUUCUACAGAGAUGCUUUGAUCAUGCUACUGUUUCGCAAAAGAAUCAACUGGUCAAAGAGAUCUCUCGUCAUGCUCUUCCACUGGUUCAAAAUCCUUUUGGUAAUUAUGUUGUGCAAUAUGUUCUUGAAUUGGGUAUUCCUCGGUACUCUGAAAGUGUGACUCGUCGUUUUGUAGGCCAUGUCUGUACUUUAUCUGUACAGAAGUUUAGCUCUAAUGUGAUUGAGAAUUGUAUUCGUACUGCUGAACCUUCUACUCGUCGUUUGUUGAUUGCUGAACUGAUCAAUCCAGAUACUAUGGAACAGCUCUUGAAUGAUUCUUUUGCUAAUUAUGUCAUUCAGACAUCCUUGGAUUUUGCUGAUGAUGAUCAACGGAUUGAGUUGGUAGAAUGUAUUCGUCCUUUAUUACCUACCAUUCGCUCUACGCCUUAUGGUAAGCGUAUUCAUAGUAAGAUCUUUAAAGAAACAAAGAUCAAUGCCUGCAACAAACCACACACCAUUCAACACCGUCAACGCCAUAAGCAUAUGGACAGUACAUCCCCAGUCAUUUCUCAAUAAUAGAUUCCUUUUUGUAAACUUUAAUUUUAUCAUCAGCAUUUGUAAUUUAAUUCUAAAUAAACUUUUUGUAUC